AUGCCGAAGCCGACGCUGCUGCUGCGCGGGGGCUGGGAGCGCGAGCGCAGCCCCGGGGACUCGGAGCUGGGCCGCCAGUUCCGGGACUGGUGCCUGCGCACCUACGGCGACUCGGCCAAAACCAAGACGGUGACACGCAGCAAAUACCAGCGGAUCGCCGAGGUCCUGCAGGGCGGCGGCGGGACCGGCGCGGGCAGCGGCCCGGCGGCCGGCGAGAAAGGCAAGUUCCAGUUCUGGGUGCGCUCCAAGGGCUUCCGCCUGGGCAGCGGCCGGGAACCCAAGAUGGGCCAAGUGGUGUAUGUGCCGGUCAAGACGGGCUCGGGGGCAGAUGGCCUGUCGGAGCCGGAGGGCAUCUCUCUGAAGCGGGUCGCUGUGGUGGAAGAUUUCUUUGACAUCAUCUACUCGAUGCACGUGGAGAGCUCGGCGGAGCCAGGCAAAGCCCCCAAGCACGCUGGGCAGAAGAAAACCUACCGAGCGAUUGCGGAGACCUAUGCCUUCCUUCCACGAGAGGCCGUGACCCGGUUCCUGAUGAGCUGCACAGAGUGUCAGAAGAGGAUGCACUUUAACUCCAAUGGCCUAGAGCCCAAAGAAAAUGAACCUCCCUCUCCCCUGGUCUCCGGGAUCAUCGAUUACAACAUGCCCCUCACCUCCACGUACCUGAAGCAGAUGAAGUUGCGGGUGAUGAACUCCCAGGAACAGGAUGAGACUUCUGUGAGCAGUGAAGAUUUUGAUAUGAACGACUCCACAUGGAUGUCAGCUGACCCACACCUGGCCUCCAGCCUGAGUCCCAGCCAAGACGAGAGGAUGCGGAGCCCUCAGAACCUCCACAGCCAAGAGGACGAUGACUCCUCCUCUGAGAGUGGCAGCGGCAAUGGCUCUUCCACCCUGAACCCAUCCACAUCGAGCAGCACGCAGGGCGACCCCGCCUUCCCCGAGAUGAAUGGCAACGGUGCUGUGGCCCCCAUGGACUUCACCGCCACCUCCGAAGAUCAGCCCAUCAACCUGUGCGACAAGCUCCCGCCGGGCACGGCGCUCAGCACGCCCUCCUACCCCUCAGACAGCUGCGGCACCGAUGGACUGCGGAGUCGCGUCAAGUACGGGGUGAAGACCACCCCUGAGUCGCCCCCUUACAGCUCUGGGAGCUAUGAUUCCAUCAAGACUGAGGUCAGUGGCUGCCCUGAGGACCUGACGGUGGGCCGGGCCCCCACAGCAGAUGACGAUGAUGACGACCAUGAUGACCACGAGGACAAUGACAAGAUGAACGACUCUGAGGGCAUGGACCCCGAGCGCCUCAAGGCCUUCAACAUGUUUGUGCGGCUCUUUGUGGACGAGAACUUGGACCGCAUGGUGCCCAUCUCCAAGCAGCCCAAGGAGAAGAUCCAGGCCAUCAUUGAGUCCUGCAGCCGGCAGUUUCCCGAGUUCCAGGAGCGGGCUCGCAAGCGUAUCCGCACGUACCUCAAGUCCUGCCGGCGCAUGAAGAAAAACGGCAUGGAGAUGACCAGACCCACGCCUCCCCACCUGACCUCGGCCAUGGCAGAAAACAUCCUGGCAGCUGCCUGCGAGAGCGAGACAAGAAAAGCAGCCAAAAGGAUGCGCCUGGAGAUCUACCAGUCCUCCCAGGAUGAGCCCAUCGCCCUGGACAAGCAGCACUCUCGGGACUCCGCAGCCAUCACCCACUCCACCUACUCACUGCCAGCCUCCUCCUACUCCCAGGACCCCGUGUACGUCAACGGUGGUCUCAACUACAGUUACCGCGGUUACGGGGCCUUGGGCAGCAACCUGCAGCCCCCUGCCUCCCUCCAAACAGGAAAUCACAGUAAUGGGCCCACCGACCUCAGCAUGAAAGGCGGGGCCAGCACGGCCUCCAGCACACCCACACCGACGCCCUCCAGCAACAGCACCAGCAGGACCAUGCCCGCCGCCCAGCUCAGCCCCACGGAGAUCAGUGCUGUGCGGCAGCUCAUCGCUGGCUACCGAGAGUCUGCUGCCUUCCUGCUACGCUCCGCGGACGAACUAGAAAACCUCAUUUUGCAGCAGAACUGACGCCGCGGCACCCGGAGCGCACUACUCUAGGGAAGGAGGCUGUCCCUGCCCGGCUUCCUGCCUCACCACUUGGUACAUUUUGUUUUCUGAACAAGGUGGGAUCCAAGAGAGCUGUUUCUAGCCACACGCCAAGCACCUGCGACUUUGGGCACAAGGACACUUUUUUUUUUUGGAAUCUCACCACACGGGUGCUCUGACCUGCUUGGAAGAGGCCAAUGGGGCAGCUUUGGAAGGGCUGGGGCUCCCCUGACGAGGCGCUGGGGACGCCUGACGAGAGGCGCUGGGGACGCAGCUCUAUUUAGAAUCAUCUUCGUGGACCCUGAUGUUAGAAUCCCACCCCCAGAUAAUUACCUUUCAAGUCUUAGGUGAGCAGAAUUGCAUAUUUAUUGAGAAAAACAAAGUGGACCCUUUCUUCCUCUCCCCUUAGUAAUUUAUUUUUCUGAAAAUGGAUUUUGUGUUUGUACAGAUUGCCAGUCUGUGUCUGUCUGAUCAGAAGGAUGUAUCCCUGUGACCUAACAUUCCAUAUCACUACACUGGCGCGGGCUGGGGGCCGGCAGGGCGGGGUGCGGUGGGGCGGGCGCGGCCUGGCCGCCCUUCCCAGCGCCCAGCACCGCCGCGCCGGAGGACCUCACCCACACCCAAUGCAAAGCAAAGACAAACAAAAAUGGCUCCCCCACCCCCAUUCCACAGAAGCCCGAGUCACACGGCCACCUGUCUUCUACCUCACACUCCAGCGUGGGCUUUUCCCAAGAUGUGCCCUGAGCCCGUUCUGAAUGACUAUCUCCCGACUCCCCCACACAGUGUGUCUGCCUGGGAGGUAAGUCCAGAGGGCUGGCCAGGAGCUGGAGCCCAGAGGGCUCUGACCCUCACGAGCAGCGGCUCGGCGCCCUGGCCCCGGCCCUCCUGGCUGCUUACCAGGACACAGUGCCAGGGGACAGCAGCUGGUCCUCGGGGCCCUUGCCCUCACCUGCCCCCCCCCCCCCCGGAGCCUGGUCUGAACACCUCUCCACACAGGCCCAGGGCCCUCAGAUGCCUGCCGGGAAGGGCCCCCAGCUGUCGGGCAGCCACCAAAUAGGAAAAGCAGCUGUGAGCCCCUGGUGGGACUGCAGCUCCUGUCCCCUGCCCCCUGUGGUUGGAGUAAAGGGACCUUCAGUAGAAGUGGAGAAGCCACUUGGGCUCUGCUAGGACCUGCCCUUCUGGAGGGGCCAGUCCUGAAGAAACCUAUAAUCCCUGGAGUGUGAAAAAGGGCAAAAAGAAAAGGCUGGCCUGGUUUCCUUCCUCCCCAAUAGGCACUUCCUCUUGCUCAGUGCAAUACCUACCAGUGCUGCUAAAACCAGGGAUUCACCCAGACCUCAGAAGGCCCACGGGGCCUCUCCAUGCAACACUCCGUAGCCAUGGCAGCAGCUCUCUGCUGCCCGCCCCUGCCCCAUGCUGGCAGAAGCCCUCUGUUGCCUUUCCUCCCUCAGAGCAAAGAGGCCCCAGGGGAGCCCGGGCUGCGUGGAUCCUAGGACAGCCACGGCCACUCGGCCCCAGAGCAGGUACCCCUCCCAAACCAGCUUUCUGCAGCUUCCUGCCUCCCGCACCACCCUCAGGAGGGCCUGGGAGGGGCUCCUGCGGAUGCCCCACCCCGCCUCCAUCCACGCCCCAUCUGCGGGCCCUGGAGCCAGAGCUCUGAAAGGUAGGGUGCCGCACCUCGUGCUUACUUCCAGCCCCUAAGUAGUUGGGGGUGGUCUUUUCCUCUCUCAAGUGGCCUCCAAUACCCCACCAAGCCACACCACCUCUGCCUUCCAUCUGACCAAUCUCCAGGCCUCCGGUCAGGGCCAGGACACCCAAGACUCCCCCUUAGCACAGCACAAGCUCCCGUGCCCAAGGCCUGUCACCCCACCGCUGCCAUCCACAAGUCCAGCCCCCACCUGCUCAGUGCUACAACAGGAUGGUUCAACUUGUGUAAAUAUUUAUUUUUGUGUGUGAACAAUACUACAAAGUAAUCAGUAGGUCUUUUGCAAAAUGUUACCCCAGGCAAUUUGUGAGAAUCUUAAAAACUGGCAGAGACAAUCGCCUUAGAAUUCUUGAUACCAAUUGCUUGUCAUUACCCCUCCCAGAGGCAGGCCCCAGGCCAGGCACGGAUGCAGUGCUUUCCUCACAGACAGGAGAGAGGAGGGUUUGGGAGGGGCUGCUGCCACCACCCACACGCAAGAGAUUACAGGUAAAGAUCAGGAGAAGCCACAGUGUGAAGUCCCACUUUUCUGAGCUGACCAUCUCAGCCUGCCUUAGCGUGGGGUGGGAGCUCAGGCGCACUGGUGUGAGAGGAAAGCCACAUGGGCCGGGGCUCCUUGCAGCCCCUCCGGGACAAGUGGAUUGUGUCACAGUGACCCCACCUGGGUGGACUCCUUGCCUGUGAAGCUACACCCGAAACCCUGGUGACGGCAGAAUCAGGAGCAAGUCGCUGUGUGGAAACAGGACUCCAUUAGCUAGUUCAGUCAGGGAACUUGUUGUGUUUUGCUUUUGUUUUCAAAGAUGCAGCUUUCAACCCCUCCCCACUCCUCCUGACUUGGGGAGCACCAAAGAGCUGGUGGACCUGGCUCACUGCUGUCCCACCCUCACCCUCACCCCAGGGACUACCUUCUCCCAAAGGGAACUUCCGACACCCUGCCCUGCAGCCAUUCAUUUGAAAUUCUUAUGGAGGGCCUCAGGGUACACAUUCAUCACUGGGGAUCCCUAAACUAAAAGGCAACUCCAGAGUAGAACACACCAAUUCCAGAGUCUUUGCAGGGGGCUAAUUCCAGCAGAAGAGUAGAAUCAGGAGGAACGGGAAUUUGGUCUUUGUGAGAGACCUCUAGUAGACCAGUAAUGGUGUGACCCGUCUGAAAUUCAUUUACCGUCACCUCCAGUACAGUUGAUACCCAAGGACAGCGUGGAGGGGAAGGGGGACAGGAGAGGGCUCGCAGGGUUUUCAAGGAUUUUAAACAGGUGGAACCCAGCCAUCCCUAUUCCCAAGGGCCACUUACGACUCCAGGGGUGGUUACAGGAUUAACUACCAGUUCAUUUUCAAAAUGCUGCUUUGAACUCAGAGGGUUGAUACUUUUAAUUUGUAAUUUUUUGUAAAACUUUUUACAAGAUAGUAAAGUAUUUCACCAGAAUACCAGUUUCAAUCCGUCCAUGGUCUGAUUUUUAUAUAAUUUAGUGGUGCUUUAGAAACUUUGUUUUUGUUGUUUCUGAGCUAAACAGCUCAAUCCUUUUUCGCCUGUAUCUACCUAAGACCAAUGUGAACCUUUGUAUUUUUGCUCCUAAUUUUGGACUCAGUGAAAGUGUACUGUUUACAUGUACAGAUGCCCCAGUCCCCGUGUGUUCUGCAAGACUCGCUCGAGGAGGAAGGUGCACCUCAGUAAGCUCAUCUGCUUAGCAAAGCCACAAAACAAAAACCUCUCUUUUUACCUAUGUUUCCACCUAAAAAUGAAAACGAAAACCCUACACCACGUAGAACUCAAGAUUUGCUGAAAAAUACUUUUCUAAGCUCAGAAGCAUCUCCGUGCAGCAGACAGCCCACAUGCCUCUGUCGUGUGGUCUGUCAGGAGCAGGGGUCAGAGCGGAGCUGGUACACACCUGCAGGGACAUGGGGUGCUCACUCAGGCAGGGCCUUGCGGCAGUUCCUGUGGGCAUCUCCCAGCAGCCUGGCAAUGGGGAGGUCAGGGGACUCGCAUGACCUUCAGGGUCAAGCCGCCCAGGAUUUAGGGGAGAGCGCGAGCACCUUAUCUGAGAUGAGGUUUUGGGAUGUUCCAGUGCAGACGGUACCAGCAUUCCUCCACCCCCAGAGGCAGCUCUUCGGAGCGGGGCAGGGGGCUCCAGCCCGCCAGCAUAUGGCACUUCAGGCAAACUGUGGAUGGCACCAACUUUUAAAGGUGACUCUUUAUUACUUAAUCAACGGCUACAUCUCUAAAUUAUAUUUUUACAGAUAUGCACCUAUGCAACUUAACGUGGCUCUUCUAAGCAGGUGAGGACUUCCUCCUCAAUGCUCUAUAAAAAUUAUUUGUGUUCUAUAUAGUGAGUUUUUUCCAGUAAAUGUGGCUUAAUAUUUUAAUUCUUAGAAUGUGUCUUCUCUAUGUGAUGCAACUAAAUUCUGUUUUGUUUGUGGAAUGACUCUAGCACAGGCCAAGUCCCUCUCCCUCACUUAACAAAAGACCAAUGAGCUGUUAAUCGAGCUGUUAUCUCCAUGGUAUUACUUGCUAAAUGCACUGAUUUCAUAAGUAUGUGGAAUCCUUUUUCUUUUGAAUCUGUAUAUCAUAUAUAAGACUGAAUCUACUUAAUAAACACUGAAUAACAAACCUGA